AUGGCUUGUAAUAAAUACUUUGAACAACACUUGAUGAAAUCCUAUGAAGUGUCAUCUCAAUUGAACACGUUGAUUUUACAGCACGUGUUUGAAGAGAAGACAAAAAAAUUGUAUGAAAGUUUGAAACAAUUUGAAACUUCUAAGCAUUUAAAAACUGUACUCAUGGCCAUCCAUAAAAUGAAAAAUGUUGAUAAUAAUGAUGGACAUGAGACUGAAGAUUAA